GUUAACCUCCUCACCAGUCCUCAGUGACAAUGUCUGUCUCUCUAGUUUCUAAUUCUUAUCUCGAUGAAACUUCCUCUAAGAUCAGAUCAAAGCCAGUGCCUUGGGAGGGUUACCAACGCGCCGAUCUCGUUACUUCCGAGGACCUCGCUCUCAUUAAGAAGGUCGACAGACAACCCAAAGCCAAAAUAGAGUCUCUUCUUCUCUCUGACGGACGGACAUAUGCCCUCCUAUAUCUCCGUCUUCUGAAGAAACUGCAACGGCUCGAUACCAUGCAAUCUAUCUUGGUUCUUAUCGCAGAUGCGCUUGCGGAUCAUGAUGAACGUAUACCACUUUUCACCAGAACCGCUGAAACCGAUCCAGAACUGCCAUAUGUACCCCUUCUACGGACCCUUGACAUGCAGGAUGAAUUCUUACAAUUGAAAGCAGCACAGAUUCUCACUGUUCUACUUUGCUCUGAGCCUCGACCACUACCACCGCGCCUGCUCCAGCCUUUCUUGAAUAUUCUUGCGACAAUGGUCCAGUCCUCUUCGGCACAUAAACACGACGUUGGUGUUCAAUGUCUUGAGGCCCUCCUUGCUCGGCCAGAAUGCCGACAAGCAGUUUGGGCUAUUCCGGGUAUCAUAAAAGGAUUUAUUGAUAUACUCAAAAGCAAGCCCGGUCCUCAGAUGAGCUAUCAAGUAGCAUUCUCGUUGUGGCUCCUAUCCUUUGAGCAGAAUGUCGCGGAAGAUAUCAACAAGAAGUUUGACAUUAUACCCCUUCUGGUUUCUGUGGCACAAGAAGCAGUGAAAGAGAAGGUGAUCCGAGUGAUCGUAGCAACCUUCCGAAACCUUGUUACCAAAGCACCCAAUGCCAACCUCCCUGCCAUGCUUGUCGCUCAGCUCCUACCGUUUGUCAAGAACCUUUGUGCGCGGAAAUGGAGCGAUGAGGAUAUCGUAGAGGACGUCCAAUUUCUGCGGGAUGAGCUUGCUGCCAACUUCCAAAGUUUAACAACCUAUGACGAAUAUACGUCCGAGUUGGCAUCUGGACACCUCUCAUGGACGCCCGUUCAUGAGUCGGAUGAUUUCUGGAAGGAGAACGUGACAAAACUGAAUGAUAAGGACUAUGAGCAACUCAAGUGUGUUUAUUCGUAUCUCGCAAAGCACGAAAUUGAUACACGACUCUUUAGGAUUCUCAUUCGGUUAUUGAAGGAAUCUUCAGACCCCAACGUCUUGGCCGUUGCUGCUCAUGACAUCGGACAGUAUGUGAAGCACUAUGAGAGAGGAAAGAAGCCUGUAACUGAUCUAGGGGCGAAGGCGAAAGUGAUGGAGUUGAUGACCCAUGAGAAUGCGGAUGUUCGCUACCGUGCACUGAUGUCUGUUCAGCUACUUGUCAGUCAGCCUUGGGUAUCUGUCUGAACUGCUAGCGUAUUCUUCCGUCCACCGGUUAUUUCGUUUAUCAUACUUCUAGACGACCACGCCACGAUUAUCAUACCAGAAUUACUCGGACUUAUCGUACAAACACCACAAGGCGAUGUAAUUUACACCAACGACAUAACCACAUUCACUUCCUCCAUUUGCCAUUCUUGGCAUUCCUUCGAUGAAGAAC